UUCCAAUCCCCUCCAUAUCAUGUGAUUCAGGUGUUCCAAUCCCCUCCCAAUCAUGUGAUUCAGGUGUUCCAAUCCCCUCCAUGGACACAGGUGUAUACAAUCCAGCCCCUAGGCAUGCAGACGGCUUCUACAAACAUUGGUGAAAGAAUGGGUCGCUCUCAGGAGCUCAGUGACUCCAAGCGUGGUCCCGUGAUAGGUGGCCACCUGGGCAAUAAGUCCAUCCGUGACAUUUCCUGGCUACUAAAUAUUCCACGCUCAACUGUUAGUGGGAUUAUAACAAAGUGGAAGCAACUGAGAACAACAGCAACUCAGCCA